GGGUGAGUCUGGAGCAGGGGAGUAAGUUAGGAAGACUUGUGGCUGUCAUAAUGCAGGUCUCAGGCACUAUUGUGGUGAUCCUCAUGGCUGCCAAUGUGGAGGCCAAGAUCUACGAACGCUGUGACCUGGCAAAGAAGCUGGAAGCGGCAGGCCUCAAUGGCUUCAACGGCUAUACCAUUGGAGACUGGCUGUGCAUGGCACACUAUGAGAGUGGCUUUGACACUUCCUUCAUGAACCACAAUCCCGAUGGCAGCAGUGAAUAUGGCAUUUUUCAGCUGAAUUCCGCCUGGUGGUGUUACAAUGGUGUGACACCCACCGAGAACCUCUGCCACAUGGAUUGUCAUGAACUGCUCAACCGCCAUAUUCUGGAUGACAUCAUGUGUGCCAAGAAGGUAGUGUCCUCAGAGAAUGGCAUGAGUGCUUGGGAUUCUUGGAACCAACACUGUUAUGGCCAUGAUUUAUCUGAAUGGCUCAGGGGAUGUCAUAUGAAUGCAAAACCUAACAAAAAAAUUAUUUCAUGAGUCAGCUUCCCAGGAAUGGAGAUUUUAUUUUCCUUUUCUGUUCUUUCUUCUGUGGAUAUAAUAAAGGAUGAUAUCUAUAAACAAU